CGGCCGCGCCUGCCUCGGUCUGCCUGCGCCUGGCCUCGGGGGAGAGAAACCAUGGCGUCCAGCGAAGAGGACGGCGGGUCUGGCAACGGCUCGGUGGACGAGAAGGAGAAUGGCAAGAAGGUGCUUCGGCCUCGCGGCGCCGUGACCACAGCCUGGCUGAUCUUCUACAACAUCACCAUGACGGCCGGGUGGCUGGUACUGGCUAUUGCCAUGGCCCGGUUCUAUAUGGACAAAGGAACAUACAAAGGCUUAUAUAAAAGCAUUCAGAAGACACUUAAAUUUUUCCAGACUUUUGCUUUGCUUGAGAUAAUCCACUGUGCUGUUGGAGUAGUGCACACUUCUGUGCUUGUGACGGGGGUCCAAGUGAGUUCCAGAAUCUUCAUGGUGUGGUUUGUUACACAUAGUAUAAAGCAGAUCCAGAAUGAGGACAGUGUUAUUCUUUUUCUGGUUGUAUGGACUGUGACUGAGAUUACUCGAUAUUCCUUCUACACAUUCAAUAUGCUCAACCAUUUGCCAUACUUCAUAAAAUGGGCCAGGUAUAAUUUUUUCAUCAUCCUCUAUCCAGUAGGAGUUGUUGGUGAGCUUCUAACGAUUUAUGCCGCAUUACCCUAUGUGAAGAGAUCAGGCAUGUUUUCAGUGAGACUUCCCAACAAAUACAAUGUGUCUUUUGACUACUACUAUUUUCUGCUCAUUGUCAUGGCCUCUUACAUACCAUUGUUUCCACAACUGUAUUUUCACAUGCUGCGUCAGAGAAGGAAAGUGCUUCAUGGUGAAGUGAUUGUAGAAAAGGACGAUUAAACCAAACUUUGUAAUCAUGGUGCUUUUUCAGAGUAACAAACCAAAUCUUUCACAUGUUACCCAAGUCCAACUUGGAAAUUAUGGGACAAAAUAACAAUGCACAAAUCCAACAUAGAUCAUGAUAUUUUGUAACAGAUGUGCUCCCGAGGGCUUUCAUGAAAUUUUAGUCUUAUUUUUCAAGCUGUUUAAGAUGCUUUUGGUAACAAAUCUCAGCAGAAGUUGAGUAAGAUUGGAAUUUGUUAUCCAGAAAUUCCCAUUCAUCAUUUUAAGUCAUACUUUGUUACCGAACUGUGAUUAUUGCACUAGCCUAUUUGGCUAAGCUGUAUUUAGGAGGUGCAAGUCCUGAUUGUGUUCACAAAGUCUUUUUACUUGUACUUGAAGGUAAAGACACCUUUGAGUCAAGGUCAACUGCUAGUGACUACUGGAACUUUAUAGUUUUCUUGGCAAUAGUAUGGAAACAGCUUGCCAUUGCCUUCCUCAGGAUGUUUUUAACUCCACAGGCUAGGCUACAACCCUGUUUUCCUUGGUGAUCACCCAUCCACAUGCUAGCCAGGUCUAACCCUUCUUAGCUUUUGAGCUUGGUCAGAUGUUGCCACCUACUGAGUGGCAUUUGGAAGUAGAUGAAUGCAUGUGACAGCGUCCUUCAGUUUUAUAAGAUGCUGCUCAAGAAGGCCCCUGAGUAAUAAAAAUGUUUUUCUUUUCUUUGUUAAUAACAUUGGAAUUCACAAAUUUUCUUUUCAUACUUAAGAGUUUUUUUUAACCAAUCCUAAACUUAACAUUCAUUAGAUUAUUUGCAUUGAAUUUGAGUGUUUUUUAAAAGCAUCUCCAUGAAAUAAUUACAGUGUAAUUAAAUAAUAGAAAAUGGGUUCAGUCUUAAAUAUAGAAUAAUUCAAAACUGGAAGCAGUUAACAAGCAGAUAAAUGCAGUAUCUCUUUGCAAAUCCAAGCCUACUAGAUUCUAGAAUAAUUUUUAAAAGGAACAUUUAAGUACUCUAAUUUUAAAACAGCUGUCCAAAAAGCAUUUUUGUAACAGAAAGAUUGUGAAUACAAAAAAAUGUAUGAAAAUAUCACCCACUAGUUAUGUAAUGAAAGUCCAAGGUAAACUCUGUUAAUUUUUGGUUUAAUUCAGGUUUAGCGGCUCUUAUUUAUUUUAAUCCUUCUGGUUAAAACUGGUAGAGCAGGAUCCAAAGAAGCAAGCAACUACUAGGGCUGGGUAAGACUAUGGCUUCGAUUCCAGAAAAGUACCUUGGAACACAUGGGAUUAUGACUGCCACAUCUAUCUGCAACUCUUUCAAAGCAGCCAUAGCAUUCCCAGUAUCUUGUUGCAGAUGCAGAGGGCACCCAUGCAAUCCCCGGACCAGAUGUGCACUUUAGAGAGUUGCAUACGAGUGCCACAUUCACACUCCCAUGUGCCUCAGAAUCCACUUUUCAAAAUUAGUUCCAAAGUGCUACACUGCCCUAACAAUUAGUUCCAUGUGUUCAGGGAGUGUUAGGAUUUGUGUUUUACAGGAAAAAAUGUUUAUUUUAUUUGGUAAAAUAGAAAAGAGAUUAAAAAUAUGACAGUCUUCUCUUCAAAGUCGCUGAUGGGAAAUAAAAAUCUUUCUCCUCCAAAAUAAUGUGAUGUAGGCUAUGUAGCUCUUUGAAUUCUUGUCAUUACAACUUGGAAUAAAAGAGUACGUUUUGAAAAAUGAGAUACCAGAAGAAGUAAUGUUUGUAAUCUCACAUCAAUCUUAAAUCUGACUCCAGAGAUUUUCAAAAGAGAGAUGGGCAACUUUUGGCAGCCAAAAGCCACACUUUUGAAAAUUAUUUUUCCAGUAGAGAAUCUCAAAGAGUGGAUAGUAAGAGAAUGACAACACCAGAGAAGGCGCAACUGAUAAUAUUUUGCCUAUUCAUUAUUUUGGGGUGGGGAUGUUAAGUGUUCCUAAUCAGAACCAUAACCUUUUUUUUUUAAGAGCAAAUUACUAUUUUUCAUCAUGCCUCUGGACUUCAGCACUGUGAGCUGCAGAGCUUUAUGGGCUGUAAAAGAGGGGUGGAGGUGCCAUUUCCAUUUGGGGCUCAUGGGAUUUGGGACCUUUGCUCCACAGCAUCUGGACUGUAGAACUUACAGGGGCAGUUGUUGGUUUGGUCUUUGCACGAACCGAAGUGCUCUUUCUGCUUGCACAGGACAAGAGUUAAAUCUAAGUGAUGGACUUAAUUCUUUGGGUCAAAUCUGUAUGUGAUUUAAGGAAAAAUGCAUCAAAAGUACACUUUUUAAGAAACUUUUUUCACAGUUCAAAUACUCUAUUUAAUUGGAGUUUGUUUCUACAAGUACAUGAUGAAAGGUGCUCUGUUUAUUUCAUGUUACAGAAAGCUUUGAGAUACAGUACCAUGAAAAGUCAUUCAGUCAUGUAUUUAAAGGUUUCGAGAGGAAUCAAUUAUAUCUUUGCAAUAAUUGCUUAUGUCUUCUUUUAACAAUUUCCUCUGUUUCAUACAAAAUAUCCAGGCAGCUCUUUGAAACAGGUUUCUGAAUUAGUACAGAGAAGAGCAAUAUGAAAAAAGCAAUUGUUUGUUAAUGGCUGAUACUUUUACUUUCUUCAGUGUUUUUAAAUAUGUUCUUCAUGCCGUAAUUCUUUCUGGUCUAGCUUGGAAUUGCUCUAUCUUUGGGGUAUAAAUAUUUGGUUCUCAUGUAUGCUGUCAUUAAACUUGGGGAUGUUGUCAUUCAGUAAACAAAGAACUAUUAUAAGGGUGUUUUUUUGUUAACCAUUUUGUACAUCCCAUUAAAUAAUACCUUUUUUGAUCUUCAACACAUGCUUGAUAUGUAUUUCUCGGCAUAAUUUAAGAACAAAAAUAUUUUACUCUGGAAAACUGCAUUUCCAAUAAACGGUUAAAUCCACA